AGUCCUUCAAGGUCACGCAUCCACAAAGAAGAAUGGUGUCGAAAUUUGCAUUCAGUGCUCUGGUACUGCUCAUGGCUGUGUGUGGCGAGCUUGGACAUGCCGUGCCGCUCAGGCGUGGUUUGAGUCUCGGAUGGAUGAACGGCAUGAAGGGAGGAGCACCAGGUGGCAUGCAGCCAUCUGAUACUAAGCUUCUUGCGGGAGUUGGAAAAGAAGCGAACGUUUACAAAAGAGCAGAUGAAGCAAAGUUCAUUGGCGCCGUGCCAGCAUUCGUGAGGCCGCCCCGCAUUCCACCAUCCUAAUUUGGCAUUCAUCUCGAGUAUUGCAAGCUGAGACGAUGUCAAGCGAACCCAAGUCAAGUAUACUAGAAUAUUUAUGUCAAGUGAACCCAAGUCAAGUACAUAGUGUCAGCUUGCAACACUACGUCAAGUGUACUUGGCUAAUAUAAAUUAAAAAAUUUUACUAUGAGAAAAUGAUAAGAAUAUUUCUUAUA